AUGUUAGCAGCGGACGACGACCAAUCGCGCUACAGCAGCGAUUACUGGGAGGGUGACAUUGCGGGAAUUGACUUGGAAGAGGUGAAAGGAAACGCUGCUGCCAAUGCGGCGGACAACGACAAUUUGCUAUGGCCUAACAAUACGGUUCCUUAUGAAUUCAGCACGCAAUGCUCGGCUGCGUUCGGAGCGUCUGAAAAGAAAAUGAUUGAGGAAGCCAUGGAUAUCAUUAUGCAUUACACGGGCAACUGCGUAAAAUUUGUGGUCCGCACUAACGAAAGCGACUACGUCAAAUUCCAAAAAGGCUUUCGGUGCUUGUCGAGUGUCGGUCGCGUUGGACAAAAGCAGAUAAUACAACUGACGUCGGGUUGCAUACUUCACUACGGCUGCAUUCAGCACGAGCUGAUGCACACACUGGGUUUCUAUCAUGAACAAUCGCGGCUCGAUCGGGACGAUUAUGUCAUCAUCAACUGGGACAACAUCGCGCCAGAGGAUAAAGUUCAGUUCGAGAAGCGAACGGGUGUAACGUAUGGUCUUCCCUACGACUACCAGUCGAUUAUGCACUACGAGUUUCGCGCCUUUGCUAAAGAUUCUAACUUUCCUACGGUGGCACCAAACUAA